AUGGGCGACCUCAAGGCCCUUAUCAAGGCGAAGCUGCUGAGGCGCAACAGCGCAGCGCCGUCGGUGGCCUCGAGCAAGAACAGCCUCAAGUCCGGUCGCCCGCGCUCGCGCAGCACCUCUCGCUAUGCCGCAUCCUCGAUAAACGAGGCCGGGGACGAGGCCGACAACAACAAGGAAAACGUCCGGCCGGACGAGGGCCACGGUCGCAAAAGCCCCCGUCAGGCCACGGCAAACCAUGCAGUCAAGAUCAGGCCAUCUACAAGAGCGUCGGCCGAGUCGGCGAGCGCGUCCUCGGGCUCCCGCGCAGCUGCAAGUGCAGGCCUGAGGGGCAAAGACGACCCAUACACAGACGCAGACACAGAACGGCUCGCCUCCAUCUCCCGCUCGCCCACGAGGUUCAGCCAGGCCAGUCCUGCUGACGACCCGGCGGCCAGCGGUGCCGGAGUCGCAGUCGCAGUCGACGGCGCGCCUGACGGUCCACCUGCAGCAGCAGAGGUCGGCGGCGGCGGCGGCGGCAGCGACGGCGUCGCAGGUGACGAGACGCUAGCGGGCUCCAACAGCGACAGCCAGCACCGCAACAGCAGCAGCACCACCAGCACCACCAGCAGCGCAGCCGGGGCUAGCCUAGCUUCGGGCAACGAUCUGCACCCUUCCGGCCUAGCAAAUGCCAAUCCAUCAACGGUUCCCGCGAUCAACGCUGCCCUCCCCAGCAUCAACGAGAACCCCACGACCAGCAACCCCAUUGCAUCGCCAGACUUGUCGUCUGCAGAGCCCGCCGCGCCUGAUCUUGCACCGGCCCAAUCUUGCACGGCCCCAGCCACUCCGCUCGACGCUGCCGCCCCUGCUCCUCCUGCACCGUCGUCGGCAUCUCUGGUCCUUCGACCGAGCCAUACCACCCACGACGAGGCCCUCGGCGACUCUGCCAGUCUUUUGGCGACACCCAUCUCGCCGACUCUUGUCCCCGCCCAUCUGCGCUCCUCCCCGAACGCCCUGCGACCGAGCAUCUCACGGCGGCAGAGCAUCCUCCCGAACCAGCAGAGAACGCUGAUCACGACGCUGCUCAAUUCGGCGCAUCCCCAUGAGCUGAACGAUCCAGAGCAGUUCGUACCCAUCAGCGGCAACAUGGUAACCCGGAAGAUAUGGGUCAAACGACCCGGCGCUUCUGCCACCAUGAUCACCAUCAACGAGGAGGACCUGGUCGACGAUGUGCGGGACAUGAUUCUGCGCAAAUACACAAACUCUCUCGGACGACAGUUCGAUGCUCCGGAUCUCACCUUGCGCAUCGUUCCCAAGGACCAGAACUCACGCCAGCUGCAGCCCGACGAACCCAUGGGCAGGACGCUGGAUGCCUACUUUCCCGGCGGCCAGACUGUAGACGAUGCCCUCUUGAUCGACGUCCCCAAUCGCCGAACCACCCCCAAGGCGUCCCCAAACCCUAGGUUCUAUGAUGACCACAGGCCUCAUGAGUCUGGAACUGAUUACUUCCCUCCGUAUCCACCGGCUCCUCACACACACCAUGGCAACCUCGUCGCAGCGGCACCAGCUAGCCUCCAAUUCCCCCCAUCCAUGGCGAUUCUGGGCAACGGCCAACUGCCUCCCUUGCCGUCUCCCGGCAGCACGAGGCGUCUAGGGCCAUCGCGGCCCAAGAUCGGGCGGAUGCACACGGCUUCCCCAGCGUCUACCGUCACCACACACGCGCAGCAUGCGCCAGUGCCCGCUCCAAUCAGCAUCGGUACGCAUGUCUACUCUACAAGGCCACAACGCUCAAGGACUCAUUCAGCUGCAUCUUCAGAUCAAUCCAACCACCCUCAACAUACUCAGCACUCUCAACUUUCUCAGCUUUCUCAGCAUUCGCACCCGCCCCCAUCGGCUCCCCCCAUCCCUACGCCGCCAGCCCCAGAGCGUGUCGCCACUCCUCCACCCCGUGUGGCUUCACCCCGCCCGACUGCCCGGCCCAAGAAGAAGAGGACCGUCGAGACCCCUACUCUGCCGCCUGGAAUGCUCAACGGCAGUGUCCCACCCAUCAAUGUGCUUAUCGUGGAAGACAACAUCAUCAAUUUGAAGCUGCUUGAAGCAUUUGUGAAGAGACUCAAGGUAAGGUGGCAGACAGCCAUGAACGGCAGGGAUGCCGUCAAUAAAUGGAGAACUGGCGGCUUUCACUUGGUACUGAUGGACAUUCAACUUCCAAUCAUGAACGGUCUCGAAGCGACUAGGGAAAUUCGAAGGAUAGAAAAGGUCAACUCCAUCGGCGUCUUCUCCUCGUCCGCCAACAGUGCUCCCGAUGAGGUUCAGGGCGAACCAGACGAACAGGAUAAGCUUCCAAAUACAGAAAUGUUCAAGAGCCCUGUCAUCAUCGUUGCUCUGACGGCUAGCUCGCUCCAAAGCGACAGGCACGAGGCUUUGGCCGCUGGUUGUAAUGAUUUCCUUACCAAGCCGGUGAACUUCGUAUGGCUCGAAAGGAAGGUCAUGGAAUGGGGUUGUAUGCAAGCCCUCAUCGACUUUGAUGGCUGGAGGAAAUGGAAGGACUACUCACAGAAGGCAGGGGAAGAGGACGCAGCCAAGAAGGCAGCUGCAGCUAAGGCCAAGGCCAAGAAAAACCGACUGUCAAUGACCACAGCCGCCGCUGCUGCGUAG